AAACAAGAUGGCGGCGCCCUGUCGGUGACAUAAGUUUUGGAAAGAUGACACGUCUUUCAGUGUGUGAAAAGCAUUUACAGCGUUGGGUCGAUUUGUCAUUGUGUUAAUUUUGUUUAAGAAGUUUUAUUCACGAUGAGAGGGAAUUCUGGACAAGCCAUAGUGUGUGUCCAAUGUCUUCAGUGUUUACGUCAGCAGUAUGUCCCUGUUAGGCUGGGCAGUUCCUGGAGGAAGCGGGUGCUGAAGAGAGAAGCCAUUAAGGAUCGUGUGAUUCAGUAUGCUGGUGACACGGCUCACCAGACACAGCGUGUAUACGUGUGGGGUCUGGCAGCCACUGGGGCUUUAGGAAUAAGAAGUUAUCUGCGGCCAGAGGCUAAAGGUCAGAGAAUGUUGAGAUAUCAGCCGCGACCAGCUCUUCAGACAUUCUGGGAUGGAAAACAUACAAAGGUUGAAGAUGCAGCUUGUGGAUAUGGUUUCAGUGUUUUUAUGACCAAGAACAGAAAAUGGGGUGUGUACGGUACAGGGAUUAACACAGAAUCUCAGCUGGGAGUCCAUGAGUACCCCAGAAACACAGGUAGGCUUUUAGAAUACAUCAUUGAACCAGUGCGGAUUGACCUUCCUUUGAAGGCUCCAGACACCACCAGAGUGAAGCACGUGGCUUGCGGUCGAGCACACACGCUAAUUUUGACGGACAAGGAAGGAGUCUUCAGUAUGGGUAACAAUGGCUAUGGUCAGUGUGGGAGAUCCAUCAUUGAAUCAGAGCAGUACAGGGGUAACCCGCUGAUCCACUGCAUCGCAGAGUUACCCGACAACAUCAGUCAGGUGAUUUGUGGCCCUGAUCACAGCUUCUUCCUGACUGAAACCGGGCAGUUGUACAGCUGUGGACUUGGGGCUGAUGGACAGACAGGAGCAGGACAUUUUGACUGUGUCGGUGUUCCACAACUGGUGCAAGGAGACAUUCAAGGGGAGACAAUCGUGCAGGUGUCAUGUGCAGGAGACUGUGUACUGGCAUUGUCAGAAAAUGGUGACGUGUUUGGAUGGGGUAACUCAGAAUACAAUCAGUUGUCUAUGGUAUCCCAGGAUACACAGGUGGCUGUUGCUAAGCACCUGCCAAUGAGAGGCCUUGGCAGGGUAUCCAUGGUAGCAUCAGGGGGUUCCAUCUGUGGUGUGCUCAAUGACAAAGGCAGUGUGUUUGUUUGGGGAUAUGGAAUUCUGGGUAAGGGCCAGAUGGUAGAAUCCAGUUCUGCUCCAACACAAAUUCCGGACACACUGUUUGGGAAACAUGACUUCAACACGGACAGUAGAGUCUCCAUUCUGAGAUCGGGUCUGUCAUAUUUCGCAGCCAUAACAUCCUCUGGAGACCUCUACACCUGGGGUAAAAACAGGGGAGGUAAUCUUGGAUUGGGACAAAGGAAUGACCAGUUCUUCCCCUUUAAGGUGUCAGUACCAGCCGAGGUUGGAGAUGUUCGAUGUGGAGUUGAUCACAUGGUUGCCUUGUGCAAGACUUUCACUUAAAGUUUCAACAGCUACUAUACAGGCUGUCACAAACCUUCGCUAGGUACUGGAUUUACAGUUAAAACAUCAGGGCUGUGUACGCACUGUCACAAGCCUCUGCUGGAUUCUGGAUUCACAGUUAAAAGUACCAGGACUGUAUACAGACUGUUAGAAAGCUUUGCUGGAUGCUGGAUUCACAGUUAAAGUACCAGGACUGUGUACAGACUGUUAGAAGGCUUUGCUGGAUGCUGGAUUUACAGCUAAAGUACCAGGACUGUAUACAGACUAUUAGAAAGCUUUGCUGGAUGCUGCAUUCACAGUUAAAGUACCAGGACUGUAUACAGACUGUUAGAAAACUUUGCUGGUUGCUGCAUUCACAGUUAAAGUACCAGGACUGUGUACAGAUUGUUAGAAAGCUUUGCUGGAUGCUGCAUUCACAGUUAAAGUACCAGGACUGUAUACAGACUGUUAGAAAACUUUGCUGGAUGCUGGAUUUACAGUUAAAGUACCAGGACUGUAUACAUACUGUUAGAAAACUUUGCUGGAUGCUGGAUUUACAGUUAAAGUACCAGGACUGUGUACAGACUGUUAGAAAGCUUUGCUGGAUGCUGGAUUUACAGCUAAAGUACCAGGACUGUAUACAGACUGUCACAAAGCUUUGCUGGAUGCUGGAUUCACAGCUAAAGUACCAGGACUAUAUACAGACUGUUAGAAAGCUUUGCUGGAUGCUGGAUUUACAGUUAAAGUGGCAGGACUGAAUAUAGACUGUCACAAAGCUUUGCUGGAUGCUGGAUUUACAGUUAAAGUGGCAGGACUGUAUACAGACUGUUAGAAAGCUUUGCUGGUUGCUGCAUUCACCGUUAAAGUACCAGGACUGUAUACAGACUGUUAGAAAGCAUUGCUGGAUGCUGGAUUUACAGUUAAAGUGGCAGGACUGUGUACAGACUGUUAGAAAACUUUACUGGAUGCUGGAUUUACAGUUAAAGUACCAGGACUGUAUACAGACUGUUAGAAGGCUUUGCUGGAUGCUGGAUUUACAGUUAAAGUACCAGGACUGUAUACAGACUGUUAGAAAGCUUUGCUGGAUGCUGGAUUUACAGCUAAAGUACCAGGAAUGUAUACCGUCUGUCACAAACGUUUGCUGGAUGCUGGAUUUACAGUUAAAGUGGCAGGACUGUGUACAGAUGUCACAAAGCUUUGCUGGAUGGUGGAUUUACAGUUAAAGUGGCAGGACUGUGUACAGAUGUCACAAAGCUUUGCUGGAUGCUGCAUUCACAGUUAAAGUACCAGGACUGUGCACAGAUGUCACAAAGCUUUGCUGGAUGGUGGAUUGAUGACUUUUGACAAGGAGAAAUGAAGAGUGACAGGAUAGGUUACUGUCUCACCACUCCAACUUGUGGGCUAUUUAUAUUAGAAAACACCUUGGAUUUAUUUCGACUGGGACAAAAAAAAAAAAAAAGAGCCCAGAUCCAUCAAAAUUGUCAGUCAUUUUUGUUGGGAAGUAUUAAUUGGCUUGAUCAACAAACCAGAGGUAAC